AUGCGAACAAACAUCACCCUCCCACCUCCGGCCGAGGACCAGGCGUUCUGCAACGUCUCCGCCCUGGAGGGCGGCCAUGUAGUCCUUCCAAGCAGCUUCAUCCUAGCAAACGCACACCCCGACAGCAAAGAAGCCAUGCCAUCCCUGUGCUUCCUCCUCAUCCACUCCUCCUCUUCCAAGAGGUUCGUCUUCGACCUCGGCAUUCGGCCAGAUAUCGAGGCCUACCCGCCCGCCGUGCGCGAGUACUUGACGAGUGGGCUGGUCACCGCGUCCGUCCCGCAGGACGUCGUUGGAUCACUGGCCAAGGGCGGUCUGGCGCCGGACGACAUCGACACCGUGUGCAUCUCGCAUUGCCACGGGGACCAUAUCGGGAACACGCACGCGUUCGCGCGAAGCACGUUCGUCGUGGGCGGCGCGUGUCAAGCGCUGUUUGUUGAGGGCAAGACGUACCCCGAGGACCCUGCGAGCUCGUACGCUCGCGACCUCCUCCCCACAGAUCGGACGCGGUACCUCACGGUGGAGGAGUGGACCCCUAUCGGACCCUUCCCCCGCGCGUUCGAUUUUUACGGCGACGGGAGCCUGUAUCUCGUCGAUAGCCCCGGGCACCUCCAGGGGCACCUCAACGUCCUCGCACGCACGUCGGCCGACGGCGCGUGGGUGUACCUCGCAGGUGACAGUGCCCACAGUUGGAAGAUAAUCACCGGGGAGUCCGAAAUAAAAGUAGGCGCACCAUGGGAUCCACACUUUUGCAUACACGUCGACAAGGAGAAAGCAGAGGGACACAUCGCAAAUAUCCGGGUGUUGUGGAAGAUGCCUCGAGUGCGGGUCAUUUUAGCGCACGACACCCCCUGGUACCAGGAGAACAGAGGCGGGCCCGCGUUUUGGCCGGGCCAUAUUGCAGCUUUAUGA